AUGGUACCGCCACAUCUCAAGCACCAGGUCAAUCCUCGAUUAUCUCCUCAUAUCUCUGGGCACCCAGCGCCACCUCCUGCAGCCCCAAAGCCCCUUAUCACCGAGGAGAACGUGUGCCCGCCCAGUCUCAGCAGUCGAUGGUUAUCAGACUUGAGAGCACAGGCCCAGAUACGGAUAUCCACUGAAGGCCAGGGACCGACAGUCAACAGUGCUAGACGGGUUUUGAGUCAUCUCCACGAGAAUUGGCUGGAUCUUCUUGCUGGAUCAGAAGGAUACUUGGUUGGCCCCCGCUGGACUGGUUUGGCUAAUCAACAAAUCUCAUGGGGUGAUAUGGGCCAUGUCAACAAUGUGAUGUACAACCGCUUUGCCGAGUCCUCGCGUCUUAACUACCUACGAGGUUUUGCUCUAGCUUCAGAUGAAGAACACAAGCAAUUCUGGCUCGAGCUAAUUACCCCACGGAGCAUCGGUUGGAUCCUAAAGAGUAUUCGUACUGAAUACAAAUGUGUGAGUCUCCUCAACGAUAGCUAUUACUAUUGCUUUGCAAUAUCUUUUAUCAACCAAACACUUACGCUGCCGCAGCCUCUUUUCUAUCCUGAUAAUAUUACGGUCCUCCAUAGGCUGGUAAACCGCCCUGACAAAGAUACAGAGAAAAUUCUCAUGGAGGCUGUGAUCAUCUCCAAUGAGAAGCAGCGUGUGGCAGCGCGCUGUUACGAGGAGCUAGUGGUCUACGACUACCGUCUUGGCCAGCGGACCAACCUGAGACCUUUCAUGGUCGAGGCUCUCCAGGAAACAUAUGACCUGCAGGAGAAAAAUCGGGGGAAAACAACAACCCAUGUUCUGAAGCUUCAGGAAAGCAUCAGCCCCCCUAGUAGCUAA